CUACAAUUUCUUGCGAGAAAAACGAAAUCGGCAACAAAAAAAACGUAAAAUAAUGCUUCCAUUUUUCAAUGAUUGCUUAUCAUUUUUCCAUUGACUGUUGCGUUUCGAUUUUAACUGUUGUUUUGGUCGUUGAAAUCAAGAACGAAGCUUGGCAUUUUCCAUGUAUAAUUAUUCCCCAUCUGUAUAAUAUUCUUAUUGAUUGAUCUACAAGUUUAUUCGAAGGAAGCCGCGGGAAAAUCGAUGAACAGAGGGGGCUAUUUGCAUUGUUGGAACUGAGUUCAAAGGCCGAAGCUGGGAAGUUUUUCUGAAUCCUGAAAACUGGAAUUCAAAUGGGGUUUUUUGGUACUAUAUUGGGCUUUUUUGGAUUUGGAGUUGGGAUCUCCAUUGGCCUUGUUGUUGGUUACUUCCUUUUCAUCUAUGUUCAACCCAAUAAUGUUGAGGAUCAUGAAAUUCGUCCACUUCUCGAAGAGGACACAAUAAGGUUGCAGCAAAUGCUUCCUGAGAUACCACUGUGGGUGAAAUGUCCAGACUAUGAUCGUGUUGACUGGCUCAACAGGUUUAUUGAAUAUAUGUGGCCCUAUCUUGAUAAGGCAAUAUGCAAAACAGCAAAGAAUAUUACCAAACCUAUAAUUGCAGAGCAAAUUCCCAAAUUUAAGAUCGAUUCUGUUGAAUUUGAAGCACUCACACUGGGGUCCUUGCCGCCAACUUUUCAAGGCAUGAAAGUCUAUUCUACCGAUGAGAAGGAGCUGAUAAUGGAACCUUCAAUAAAAUGGGCUGGAAAUCCAAAUGUCUUGGUUGUAGCCAAAGCAUUUGGACUGAAAGCAACUGUUCAGAUCCUAGAUUUGCAAGUUUUUGCGGCUCCACGUAUUACCUUGAAGCCAUUGGUUCCAAGCUUUCCUUGUUUUGCAAAUAUCUUUGUCUCGCUCAUGGAAAAGCCACACGUUGAUUUUGGGCUGAAGCUUGUUGGGGCUGACUUGAUGUCAAUUCCGGGUCUCCACCAGUUUGUCCAGGAGACUAUUAAAGAUCAGGUUGGCAACAUGUAUCUAUGGCCUAAAACCCUGGAUAUAACAGUUAUGGAUCCAUCAACAGCUCUAAGGAAGCCAGUCGGAAUUCUAGAUGUGAAGAUUGUAAGAGCAAUGAGGCUGAAAAAGAAAGACCUCUUAGGUGCAUCGGAUCCUUAUGUGAAACUGAAGCUAACUGAGGACAAUCUACCUUCAAAAAAGACCACCGUGAAAAAUAAGAAUUUAAAUCCUGAAUGGAAUGAAGAGUUCAGUUUGGUGGUUAAAGAUCCAAAUUCUCAAGUCAUAGAGUUCCAAGUUUACGACUGGGAACAAGUUGGUAAGCAUGACAAGAUGGGCAUGAAUCUAGUUCCUUUGAGAGAUCUUCCUCCUGAAGAGUCAAAAGUCUUCACCCUUGACCUGCUGAAGAACAUGGACUCGGAUGAUGUUCAAAAUGAAAAGAACAGGGGGCAGAUUGUGGUUGAAUUGACUUAUAAACCAUUGAAGGAAGAUGAAUUAGCUGGAGAUUUGGAUGAUCCACAAAAAGUAAAGAAUGCUCCGGAAGGAACCCCAGAAAAUGGAGGUCUGCUCGUAGUUAUCGUUCACGAAGCUCAAGAUGUUGAAGGCAAGCACCACAACAAUCCGUAUGUGAGGCUUCUGUUUAAAGGGGAAGAGAAAAGAACUAAGCGUUUGAAGAAGAACAGAGACCCUAGGUGGGAAGAAGAGUUUGAAUUUAUGCUUGAAGAACCACCCACAAAUGAUAAAUUAUAUGUGGAAGUUCUCAGCUCCUCAUCAAGAAUGGGCCUCUUGCAUCCGAAGGAAUCAUUGGGAUACGUGGAAAUCAAUCUUUCUGACAUUGUUACAAACAAAAGAAUAAACGAAAAGUAUCACCUUAUAGACUCAAAGAAUGGAAGGAUUCAGAUUGAGUUGCAAUGGAGGACUUCAUCCUGAAGUACCUAUAUAUUUUUCUUCUUGGUUAGUUUUUCAGUCUUCUCUUCUAUGGAUCAAGUGGGGAAUACAGCAAGAGACAAGAAAGACAUUUUCCUAUACAAAUUCAUUUUAUUAUUCUUUCAUUGUCUCUAUAAAUAAAGAGGCAUUUAAAUCCUUUUCCUAAUUUAGGUUUGGUAUCAAUAUUUUGUUUGUAACAGAGUAAUAGAACCAAAAUAUUUCAUUAUGUUACUUGAAAUGUUGAUUUUUUUUGUGCCCA